CGCUUGGGAACACGCCUGCCUCACCUCUCUCAACCCCAGCUGGGGCUGGGGGAAAGUCGAGGGAGGGGAGGAGCGGUGGCCCGAGGCCCGCACAGAGGCAGGCGCGCGGCGGCGCCAUGGGGGACAGCGAGCAGAGUCGCGGGCUGCCUAGCGCGGGGCGGCGGCGGAAGCGGCGCCUCCAAUCAGGCUGCGGGCUGGGGACCCUCCGCGUGCCCGCAGGCCGCUACCGGCCCGGGGGACGACUCAGGCGCCGCCCCUUGUCCGCCCCGCCUCCGCCCCAUGCGCGCCUAGUCGUCCGCGGGCUGCACCUCUCAGCGGAAUCCCCGGCUCAUCCGCGCUCACUGCUCUCUGGCUGGCUUGCCGGGCGGCUCGCCUGCUAGCCUGCUCGCCCGCUGGCCCGCGCUCCCGCGCUCGCCAGGCCCUUUCUGUCCAGGCGUUUCGGCGGCGGCCUCGAGGAUGAAGUGCAAGCCGAACCAGACGCGCACCUACGACCCCGAGGGCUUCAAGAAGCGUGCGGCUUGCCUGUGUUUCCGCAGCGAGCGCGAGGACGAGGUGCUGCUGGUGAGCAGCAGCCGGUACCCGGACCGCUGGAUCGUGCCGGGCGGGGGCAUGGAGCCCGAGGAGGAGCCGGGCGGCGCGGCCGUGCGAGAGGUGUACGAGGAGGCAGGCGUCAAAGGGAAGUUGGGUCGUCUGCUGGGCGUCUUCGAGCAGAACCAAGAUCGCAAGCACAGGACCUACGUGUACGUCCUGACCGUCACCGAGCUGCUGGAAGACUGGGAAGAUUCGCUCAGCAUCGGGAGGAAGCGACAGUGGUUCAAGAUCGACGAUGCCAUCAGGGUCCUCCAGUGCCACAAGCCGGUGCAUGCUGAGUACCUGGAGAAACUGAAGCUGGGCGGCUCCCCCACCGAUGGCAACUCGGGCGCCCCGCCGCCGCUGCAGCCGCCGCUGCCGCUGGAGAGCGCUCCCUACCUUGUUCCUGUUCUGUGAGCCCUUCUGGGGCAGGAGUUUCGUGGAAACUUGCCUUUCAAACUGAGAAAAGAAAAAAGAAAGAAACAUUGGAAAGUUUACGUCCUGUGUGCUCUUGCUAACGUCAACUGUAAUUUUAGCCUCACGGAUGGGGUCCCGUGUGCCCCUUUCAGAAAUGUGUUUGGUCUGUCAAGUAUCGAUCAUGUGAUAUGUCCAAACAUUUCUUUUUCACAACGUGUACUUCUCCAUAUCACCUGAUACAGCAGGUGUUUCUGCGAGAUGGCUUGCCAGACAGAUCUUGAUGCGUAUGUCUCCUAGAAUGCGGUUUUGCCGGCUCCACUUCCAGUUCCCUUCCUGGACACUCCGAAGAAGGGUGGUUGUCUGCACAAGUUGAUUUUGGAGAAAAAGUUAGCUCCCAUAUUUGAAUUGAGUGACAACCCAGUUAGAGGUCCAGGACUGGCAGGAGGAACCCUGGGAAUGGAAUCUUUGGUGGUGGUUGCAUCCCAGUUGAGUUAAGUCUAUUGCUGUUCAGCUGUUACAGAUUUCUCAAAUUGCUGGGACACCUGAGCAAUCUUUUCUGCAGAGUGAUGGUAAAUAUUUUGUUUUCACACGACAAUCUUCUGGGUAGUAAAUUCAGUGCUUUUACUAGUAUCCUAGUUUACUAGAAUCCUUACUUGAGAUCAAGAAUCCCAUGGGUAGGUCUUCUGGAAUUCUGUUUCCGAUUCUUCCUGGACAUGUCCUUAAUAAGUCAAAGCAAAUCCUCUUUUGAAAGUUGGUUUUGCAGUUUUUCUGCUGGUUUGGCUAACCACUGUAUGUCAUAUGUCUUACACAUUGUUGACUAAUAAUAAGCAUUUUGAAGUAAGUUUUUAAAUGAUUUUGUAUAAAGAUAUUUGCACUUUGCUGCCUGAGUUUAAGUUCCUGUUGUGGAUUUGAUCUGUGCUUUGUUAAUAGACUACAGCUGGAGGAAAGUUUGUACAUGUGACACUUAACAUGUUAAAACUCUUUUGCAGAUCAAUUAUAAAUGGAAAUAUCUGUAAUUUCA